CGUCUCGAAUGCGGAGGGCAUCAUGAAGAUCUCAAAUCACUCCGCUGUCCCGGUAUAUACCAUCUCGGGAUCCUCGACCGCCCGACCUCUCCCAGAAUGGCUUGCGCGCCAACGGAAACGAAGCCUCAAAAAGGACCCCGAGUAUGCGAACCGCGUGGAAUUGCUUCAAGACUUCGAGUUCGAGGAAGCGAGUCAAUGCGUUCGGAUAAGCGAAGAUGGCGAAUGGGUCAUGAGUACCGGAACAUAUAAGCCGCAGAUACACACACAUUAUCUCCCUCACCUGUCACUGUCGUAUGCAAGACAUACCGACUCGCUCAAUCAAACUUUCAUACUCCUCUCCUCCGACUAUUCGAAAUCAUUACAUCUUCAAACCGACCGUCGGAUUGACUUCCAGACCCGACAAGGACUUCACUACUCAACCAGAGUACCCCGCUUUGGGAGAGAUCUCAAAUACUGCAAGAACUCAUGUGAAGCGCUUAUUCCGUCAGUUGGAGUGAAUGAGGAUGGAAAUGGCGAAGUGUUCCGACUGAAUCUCGAGGUGGGGCGGUUUAUGAAAGGGUAUGAAGUUGAUGUUGGUGGAGACGAUACCACCGCUUUUGGUGGCGGAUCAUUGCAGGGCAGCGCUGGUGUAGGAGCAGUGAAUACUGCAGCAGUGGCGGAGGACAGUCACAAUCUACUCGCUUUCGGAACAUCGAUAGGAACGGUGGAGUUCUGGGACCCGAGGUCAAGAGGCAGAGUUGGGAUACUGACGCCACCCUUCGAUUCGGCGCCUUUGACAGGGAAGGCAGAAAUCACCGCUCUCGAAUUCCACCAGUCCGGUCUGACAUUAGCAGCUGGAUCAUCGUCCGGCUUGGUCCAUCUAUACGAUCUACGAUCUCCUGUUCCGCUACUCAAGAAGGAUCAAGGCUACGGCUACCCCAUCCAAAACCUCAUAUUCCUCAAUUCCUCCGCGACCUCCCGCUCACAAAUCACCACCCCCAAAGUCCUCUCCUCCGACAAACGAAUCAUCAAAAUUUGGGAUCAAGACACCGGAAAGCCAUGGACUUCGGUCGAGCCUGCCGUUGACCUUCACCACGUCGCAUGGUGUCCGGAUAGCGGGAUGUUCCUCACCGCAAACGAAGGGCGACAGCAACAUGCGUUCUUCAUCCCGCAGCUAGGCCCGGCGCCGAAAUGGUGCUCGUUCCUCGACAACAUCGUGGAGGAGAUGGCCGAGGAUGCGGACGAUCCGAACUCCUUCAUGGGCCAGCAAGCAGGGUCCGUGUACGACAACUUCAAAUUCCUUACCCUCCCCCAGCUGCGCGAACUGAAUCUGGAUCACUUGAUCGGGACCACGAGGCUGCUUCGGCCGUAUAUGCACGGUUAUUUCGUCGCGCAGCGGCUGUACGAGGAGGCACGGUUGAUAUCGAACCCCGAUCUAUGGCAGGAGCAGCGGGCGAAGACCGUCCAAGCGAAAAUCAGCAAGGAGCGCGAGAGCCGCAUCCGAGGCAAGAAGAAGGUCAGUGUCAAGGUCAACCGCAAGCUCGUAGAGCGCAUGCUCGAGAAAGAAGCCAAGAACGAAAGAAAGCGAGCCCAACGAGUUCUCGAACUUGGUGGCGACGAGGACCUCCUCGAAGAACAAGCCGCCGCUGCGCAACCCGGCGAAGAUGCCGUGGACGGCGUCGCGGAAGCAGGGGGAGAGACCAAAUCCGCGACCACCAACAUUCUUGGCGACUCGCGAUUCACCGGGCUGUUCCAGGACGAGGACUUCGAGAUCGACGAGACGUCGCGCGAGUUUCUGUUACACAACGCCAGCACCAAGGUGGAGGCGCCGACACCGCUGCCGCGGGGCCUCACUGCCGUUGAGGAAGAGGAGAUGCAGGAUAUACGUGGAUCGAGCGAGAGCGACGAAUCGUCAUCGGAGGAAGAAAAGACGAGUAUAACGAAGCGAUCGAAGCCCAAACCAGCGAGGCAGGCUCCCCCGGCGAUGCACGUGUCGUCCUCAACGGCGGCCAGCAAACCGGUGCACCGGACGGAGAAGUCGUUCGGGAGUCGGGUGGUGUCGCUAAAGGAACGGACGAGAGAUGAAGGGGCGCAGAAUGUGACCGUGGUUGGGGAGAAGGAGGUCUCGUUCGUGCCGAGGGGGAAGAAGAAGGGAGCGGCGGCGCCGACGGGGGAUACAGGGCGGGUGCGGAGCCGGUUCGAUAAGGCGGCGAGACGAAGCGCGAGUGGGAAUACGAUGAGGAAUUUGUAGAACUUGGUCUGAAUCGUUGGUUAGAUGCAUAGAUCCAUGCUGCUUGGACAUGCUUGAUAUCCCCUGCGUUGGUGGCGCUGUAUAGCGAUCCUCACGCACUAGCAUAAUCGAAGCAUAGUUAACUAUUGACGUUUUAGAAAACCAGUAUUUCCACC